UAGCAGUGUGGGGAAGGUGUUGCAGUGGAGCCCGGGCGAGGGUGCGACGUCACUCGUGGAACAGGAUUCAGCUGUGUAGACGGCGCGACAGGCUGGGUGAGCCCACAAUCAUUAACGCAGCCGCCCCCGCCCGGUGGCGACGUGCUCGAGUGUGCCCCUGACCUGAUCGCAGCCUCGCUUCUCGAGACUGCCUUUGCAAUAUCGUACUGCCUUUGUAGUAACAUCGGCGCAAUCCGGCCCUGGGCCUCAGACAAGGACCCUCGCCCGCCCGCCAGCUCCCGUGACGCGCGACCAUUGACGAGCAGCAUGGCGAGACAGUUUCUCUCGGACAAGAACGGUUGGCUGUCCUUUACCCACAGCACGCCGGUUCUGUACAUAACGGCCGAAGAUGACGAGUUCGACAUGGAGACGAUGCGCGCGUGGCGCGACGAGGGCUUCAUCGUGAAAUACAUCCCGCAGGGCAAGAACGGCAAGGCAUACGUCAACACGCUGCACAAGCUGGGCGACGGCAUGGGAAUCGGCGAGCGGUACGCGGUCGUAGCAUUCGGGGAAGCAGCCGCAGUCUGCCUGGACGUCUUCGCCGAGCCCAAGACAGCCACAAGCAAGCUGUGCUCCCUCGUCGCGUACUACCCGACGUCGAUCCCCGACCCGCGCCGCCGCUUCACGGCCAGCUUCCGCGUCGUCGUGCACCUCGCCCAGGGCAGCGGGGACGACGGCGAGACGGUCGACAUUGUGAGGCGCCCGGAGGUGCUGGGGAUACAAGCGAGGCGAAGGCUGGUCACGAAGCGUGUCACGCCUGGCAUUGGCGCGGGCGGGCUGCUGGCGAAGAUGGAGUACCCGGCGUACACGUACGAGGGCGUUGAUCCGGGCUUUGCGGAACACGAUCUGGAGCAGUACGACGCGGUUGCCGACGGCAUCGCGUGGAGCCGCAGUCUGCAUGUCGUGCGCACAGGCUUCGGCGCAGAGGUGCGCCUGGAGAGGCCGUGGGAGGACAACGUCGAGCAAAAGUACCGCGCCCACAACGUCCAGAAGCUCAUGGACACGUACGUCAACCACCCAACGCCGUGCGUCAACUUCACCCCGACCAUGACGGGCGGCUUUGGGCGCGCCGAGCUGAAGCGCUUCUACGCCGACUUCUUCCUCACCACUGCCCCGCCGUCGCUGCACCUCCGCCUCGUCUCGCGUACCAUCGGCAUCGACCGCAUCGUCGACGAGCUGUACGUGCAGUUCAAGCAUACGUGCGUCAUGCCGUGGAUCCUGCCGGGCGUGCAGCCCACGAACCAGAAGGUCGAGAUCAUCGUCGUCAGCAUCGUGGGCAUGCGCGCGGGCAAGGUGUGGAGCGAGCGAGUGUACUGGGACCAGGCGAGCGUGCUGUUCCAAGUCGGCCUUUUGGACUCGGAGGAGGUGCCUGAGCAGUUCAAGAAGGCGGGGCUGGAGAUGCUGCCGGUUUCGGGCAGCGAGGCGGCGCGGAAGGUCAUGGACAUUGAGAGCGAGGAGGCCAACUUUAUGAUUGACGACUGGUGAGGAUGAUUGAGCUCGAGGAGGUGAAUCUCAUGAUUGACGACUGAUUUAGGAUAUUGUAUUUGCACAUUUUCAGGCCAAGUAAUGCGCGACAUGUUGAGCUGGGAUCUGACAUGUGUUCUUCGAUUGUUGGCUCGGCAGUGCUGCGUUGAAGCAAUUACUCGCAGACGCGUUGAAGCAGUUACUCGUAGACGCGUUGAAGCAGUUACUCGUACACGCGUUGAAGCAAUUACUCGUACACGCGUUGAAGCAACUACUCGUAGACGCGCUGAAGCAAUUACUCGUAGCCGCGUUGAAGCA